UGUUUCUAGUGUUUCAUGUAAACCAAACUCACUCUAUGCAUUUUGUUUGGUAGAUAAAACUUACUAGUUACAAUAGACCUCUACAUUGGUUGAAGUCAAGAUUUUAUCAUCCACAAAAUGGUAAGUAGUGGGCUGCACUUCGCCUAAUACAAAGACACGCUUUUCUCUUAUCUUCAUAAUUAAUUUAUUUACUUAUAGAUGAUGAUUGGUUGCUCAUUAAUUUACAACUCUAUUAUUAUUUAUUUAUUCUUUUGUAAAUAGUUAGAUUUUUUCUUUAAAAGUGUAGAUAUAAUUCAAAAUAGUCAAGGACCAUGUCAAUAUAUAAGUUGAUAGAAUCAGAAGCAAAAGAGUUGUCUACAUGUUAUGAAAUAGUUUAUCUUCAACCUCCCUUGCCUCUCCUCAAACACUCUUCUCCAACAAGGUAUACAAUUGCCGUGUGAAGAUAGUGCUUUAAAACUCAUCUAUCCAUGGCUGAGACCAAACCUGAAAUAGAGAUGUCAGAGGAGGAGAGGAAGAUAGCCAAGAUGUCUUCGCUGAAGAAAAAAGCAAUAAACGCAUCGAACAGAUUCAAGAACUCAUUCUCAAAAAAAGGUCGAAAAAGCAGCAGCAAAGUCAUGUGCGUAACCAUUGAAGAUGACAUCGACGCAGAAGACCUUCAAUCUCUUGAUGCUUUUCGUCAAGCUCUUGUCCUCGACGAGCUCUUGCCCUCUAAUCUCGAUGAUCUCCAUAUGAUGCUUCGAUUCCUAAGGGCGAGAAAGUUUGACAUUGAGAAAGCUAAGCAAAUGUGGAGUGACAUGAUUCAAUGGAGAAAAGAUUUCGGCGCUGAUAAAAUCAUCGAGGAAUUUGAGUUUGAAGAGAUCGAUGAAGUCAUGAAGCAUUACCCUCAAGGCUAUCAUGGAGUAGACAAGGAAGGCAGACCAGUGUACAUUGAGAGAUUAGGUCAAAUCGAUGCUAACAAGCUGCUUCAAGUGACAACAAUGGACCGGUACGUGAAAUAUCAUGUCAGAGAGUUCGAGAAGACUUUCAAGAUCAAGUUCCCUGCUUGUUCUGUCGCUGCCAAAAAGCACAUUGACCAGAGCACAACUAUUCUUGACGUCCAAGGCGUGGGACUUAAGAACUUCAGCAAAUCUGCGAGAGAGCUUCUUCAAAGGCUUCUCAAGAUUGACAAUGAUAAUUAUCCUGAGACGUUGAACCGGAUGUUCAUCAUCAAUGCUGGUUCCGGGUUCCGGCUCUUGUGGAGCACAGUUAAGUCGUUUCUUGAUCCCAAGACUACUGCAAAGAUUCAUGUUCUUGGUAACAAAUAUCAUAGCAAAUUGCUUGAAGUCAUCGAUGCUAGUGAGUUGCCAGAGUUCUUUGGAGGCGCUUGCACUUGUGAAGACAAAGGAGGUUGUAUGCGCUCUGACAAAGGUCCAUGGAAUGAUCCUGAGGUUCUCAAGAUGGCUAUAAACCGUGAAUCCAAGUGCUCGCCUAUUUCAGAAGAUGACCUCAAGCAUGUUGACCAAGGACGAUCAACUUCAUUUCAAGAAAGUCUUGACAGAAGCAGUAAGCAAAUGGUUGAAGACAAUGUGCAUGAGAAGCAAGUUGCAACCAUUGACAAGUCCAUGAUGGAGUGGCCUACAAAAACUCAGAAAAUCGAAAAUUUUCCUGUCUCUAAAGGGUUGGAGUGCUACGUGAGGAAGGAGGCACCGAAGAAAGGGGAUGGGUUACUUGUGGGAGGGGUCAUGGCCUUUGUGAUGGGAAUUGUUGCAAUGGUUAGGCUAUCAAAAGACGUUCCACGUAAACUCACAGAGGCUGCUUUAUAUGGAAACUCAGUUUGUUAUGACGAAGCUAUGCCUAAGCAGAAUCAAGCUCAAUUUGCAGCUCCCGUCUCGAGCUCAGAGUACAUGUUGAUGGUGAAACGUAUGGCUGAGCUGGAAGAGAAGUGCAUGUUCCUUGACUUGAAACCGGCUAAUGUUGACACUGAAACAGAGGAGAAACUUCAGGCGGCGCUUAACCGUGUUCAAGUACUUGAGCAAGAGUUGACUGAGACCAAGAAGGCUUUGGAAGAAACCCUUGUGGGCCAGAAGGAGAUUUUAGCAUACAUUGAAAAGAAGAAGAAAAAGAAGAAGCUGUUUUUCGGGUUCUGAAGUGGUGAAAGGAGACAGGAUGAGAUGAUUAAAGCAAGGGGCUGAAUCAAACGAAGAGAAUUCGUUUGUGGUUUUGUAUUUUUUAUAAACGAGGAAUAGAUUGAUCUUAAAAGCGACAGACUUGUACAUUUAUCCGAAGAUAACCUAUUUGGCUUUUAUCUUGCAUGUGACAUUGAAUGUGUGAGUGUUUUUCAUUUUCUCUGUGACAUUUCUCGUGAUUUCACCCAAGUGAUCAAAGGUUAACAUACGUUUGAUUGGA